AAUCAUACGGUAUUCUGUACUCGCGUAUGGAUUACGAAGCUUUUCGCCUUAAGUACACUGGCAUAAAAAUAACAAAAUACAACCAGCACCAGUUACAAACACAAACACAUUUGAAAAUCACGGAGAUGAUAUUGUUGAUGAUUCAAUGGCAAAACAUGUCUGCCUCCUACAAACAAACGAGAUGCGGUCCGAGAUCUGAGAGGCUCUCUCAUUAUCUAGCCUGGGAGAAAGAGAAAUUAUUGUACAUCUGUAGGAGAAACUCUCUUCAAAAAAAAUCUGUACUUGCUUGCAUUUUAUAGGUAUUUUUGCUCCUUGCUGCUCGCCAGUCAUAGUAUCACAGUCGCGAAAGGCAUACAGAGGAGAACGACGUACAAUUUUAACUUCCCCAGUGUCUGGUUUUUUGAAGAAUCAAUUGACUGCCAGAUUAGUGUGAAGAAAAUUUCAUCCAAAGAUUGCGACUAGUAAAAAUAUCGAGCUAAAUCAUCGUAUCUUUCACCGAAAGAUGGAUAAUUGAGAAUACACGAACAAUACACCGAAAAUUGCAAAGUUGUGAUUGAAGCCACUCAUCGACACUCGGCGUACCAAGGUUCCUUCGGGUCGGGAACCUUCGUCGAUUUUUCUCUCUCGCGCUCCGUUAUACUUUCUAUUUCUUUCCUAAGUUUAUAAACGAACGGCAAACGACAAGACACACCCCACGAAGAAAUCCGUGCGACGAUCCCAAGGCAUGAAUUUGGGAAGUUCUGGUGGAACGAGCACGUCGGGUCAUUCGAGCAGCAGCUACACGGGUGCCGGCAGCGGUAGUUCAGUGGCAGGCGGUAGCAGCAGCAGCAACAGCGACAUGCCGGCCGAAAUCCGUCCCAAGAUGGUCACCGUGAAGCACCCGGAGUCGAACAAACCGAAACCCACCACCAAAAAGGGCAAAGCCAUCCAGGCCGACGUCGAUGUGAUCAAAGAGUUUCAACGUUGCAAAGAAGAGGGCAUCCAAAGGCUCGACCUAAGCAAAUCUUCCAUCACGAUAAUUCCGCCCUCAGUCAAGGACUGCACCAGUCUCAUCGAGUUCUACCUAUACGGCAACAAGAUCAGUUCUUUGCCAGCAGAAAUCGGUUGUCUUUCCAAUCUGAAAACCCUAGCCCUUAACGAAAACUCCCUAACCUCGCUGCCUGACUCCUUGCAAAACCUGAAACAACUCAAAGUCCUGGACUUGCGACACAACAAACUCUCGGAAAUUCCGGACGUCAUCUACAAACUGCACACCCUAACCACGCUCUAUUUGCGCUUCAACCGAAUCAAGGUGGUGGGCGACAACCUGAAGAACCUCUCGCACCUGACAAUGCUCAGCCUGCGGGAGAACAAAAUCCACGAACUACCGGCGGCCAUCGGGCAUCUGGUGAACCUGACAACGCUCGAUCUAUCGCACAAUCAUCUGAAGCAUCUGCCGGCCGAAAUCGGUAACUGUGUCAACCUGACGGCUCUGGAUCUGCAGCACAACGAUCUGCUGGACAUUCCGGAGACGAUAGGCAACCUGGCGAACCUGAUGCGA